AUGUCCAAUAUAUUAGUGGGAACCAAGAAUGAAUCCAACGUCCAAUGUAUUAUUACACCAAGAACAAACCCAACGUCCAAUAUAUUAGCACCAAGAAUUAAUCCAACGUCCAAUGUAUUAGUGGGCACCAAGAAUGAAUCCAACGUUACUAAUCCUUCUUCUUCUAAGUUCAUUCUACCAGAACUAGAACUUGGAAGCACGGGUCUUCUUAGA